AUGAGAGGAAGACUUUCUAAUGCUGUGCGGUGUUUUUCGUCGCCGGCUCACCUUAGGCAAGGUCAAAAUUUAACAGAAAAAAUUGUGCAAAGAUUUGCCAUUCUUCCUGCUACGGCAGAUGGCUCUCAGCAAAAACUUGUCCAUAGUGGUGAUUAUGUGACUAUUAAGCCACAGCACUGUAUGUCCCAUGACAACUCGUGGCCUGUAGCCACCAAGUUUAUGGGUUUGGGAGCUAAAAAAGUCAAGGACAACCGCCAGAUUGUAAAUACAUUGGACCACGAUGUUCAGAAUAAGUCAGAGGCCAACUUGAAGAAGUACGAGAAUAUUGCAAAAUUCGCCAAGCUGCAAGGUAUUGACUUUUACCCAGCGGGAAGAGGUAUUGGUCACCAGAUCAUGAUUGAAGAAGGUUACGCAUUCCCAGGUAACUUGACCGUUGCUUCUGAUUCGCAUAGUAAUACUUAUGGUGGUGUGGCUAGUUUAGGAACCCCAAUUGUGAGGACUGAUGCUGCAUCGAUAUGGGCUACCGGCCAAACAUGGUGGCAGAUCCCACCUGUUGCCAAAGUGGAGUUGAAAGGUAAAUUGGCCAAGGGUGUUACUGGUAAGGAUAUUAUUGUUGCUUUGUGUGGUGUCUUUAACAACGACGAAGUGUUGAACCACGCUAUCGAAUUUGUGGGAGAUGGUGUUGAACAAUUAUCCAUUGACUACAGAUUAACCAUUGCCAACAUGACUACUGAAUGGGGUGCAUUGAGUGGAUUGUUCCCUGUUGAUGACAAAUUAGUCCAGUGGUAUCAACAGAGAUUGGAGAGAGUUGGUCCUGACCAUCCAAGAAUCAACAAGAAAACCGUUGGCGAGUUGAUGCAAAACCAAAUCAAGAGCGAUGCUGAUGCAAAAUAUGCCAAGCAUUUGGUGAUUGACUUGUCCACAUUGGCACCAUACGUUUCGGGACCAAAUUCUGUCAAGAUCUCAAAUUCAUUGACCAAAUUGAGUCAAGACAAUAUCGCCAUCAAUAAGGCAUACUUGGUGUCAUGUACAAACUCGAGGUUGUCUGAUAUUGAAGCUGCCGCUGGAAUCCUUAAGGGUCAUAAAGUUCACCCAAAUGUUGAAUUUUACGUUGCCGCUGCUUCUUCGCUUGUUCAAAAGGAUGCUGAAGCUUUGGGUGCAUGGCAAACUAUUUUGGAUGCUGGCGCCAAGCCACUCCCAGCUGGGUGUGGUCCAUGUAUCGGAUUGGGUUCAGGAUUAUUGAAAGACGGAGAAGUUGGAAUCAGUGCCACAAACAGAAACUUUAAAGGUAGAAUGGGUUCCAAGGAUGCACUUGCAUACCUUGCUUCUCCCGAAGUUGUGGCUGCAUCUGCAAUCUUGGGUCGUAUUGGUGCACCUGAGGAAGUUGAUGGUGCCCCAGUCAAUGCAAGUCCCGAAAUCGUCAAAUCUAUUGAAAUUGAGGACUCCCUGGCACCGGCCGCCGAUGAUGCUUCCUCGGGCGCUAUCGAUGUUCUCGAAGGGUUCCCCAAGUCUAUUGAAGGUGAACUUAUUCUCUGUAAUGCAGACAAUAUCAACACUGAUGGAAUCUAUCCAGGGAAAUACACUUACCAAGAUGAUAUUUCCAAAGAACAAAUGGCUGAGGUGUGCAUGGAGAAUUACGAUCCUGAGUUCAAGACCAAGACCCGCUCAGAUGACAUUAUCAUUUCUGGAUACAACUUUGGUACCGGUUCUUCUAGAGAACAAGCUGCAACAUGUAUCUUGGCCCGUGGAAUGAAACUUGUUGUAGCAGGAUCAUUUGGAAACAUUUUUAGUAGAAAUGCUAUAAAUAAUGCAUUGUUGACUUUGGAAAUCCCAGACUUGAUUAAUAAAUUGAGAGAGAAAUACCAAGGAAGCAAUGAAUUGACGAUCCGUACUGGAUGGUUCUUAAAGUGGGAUGUGACCACUGCCACGGUUACUGUUGCUGACUCUGAUGCCAACGUAAUCUUGAAGCAAAAAGUCGGUGAGUUGGGAACCAAUUUACAGGAUAUCAUUGUCAAAGGUGGAUUAGAAGGAUGGGUCAAGGCCGAAUUGAAAAAGGAGAAUCAAUAA